AUGUCUUCAACUACAACCAAUUCAAGCUCUGGCUUGAGUUCAGCGGGUAAGAAAUUUCGAAAUCAAUUUGAUAACAUAUUCCACAAAUAUCCCAAGUUACCAAAAGAGCUAAAAGGAGAUAGUUUGCCCUUACAGAUUGAAUCGAAAAUUUCAGCGAAAAGUUAUAACAUAUUUCUUGACCGAAUCGAAAAAACUGGAUAUAAGUUUCAUUGGGACAAUGGAAACGUAUAUAUUAUAGACAUGGCUGACAUGGAACAUGAGGCUGUAGUAGCA